AUGCACAUCGAUUACAACUUGAGAGCUGUCGGAGUCACUCCAAAUCGCUUUCCAUAUGUCUCAGUUGGAGACUGUAUGGGACUGGAUUGCAAACGUCCAGGAGUUCAGGUAAUUUAUUGUAAGUGAAA